AUGUACCAUCUCGCCAAAGGACUCUACCUCUAUGCAACGAGUAAAGAAGAAUACUCGGUCAUUCUUCUAGGCCUCGAUAAUGCUGGCAAAACAACCUUUCAUGAACAAGUCAAGUCUAUGUUCUUACCAAACAGACCCGAUCCGAAACUCAAGACAGUACCUACCGUUGGUCAGAAUGUUUCAACAAUACCGCUGCAGGACAUGUACCUGAAGUUAUGGGACGUAGGCGGACAACACUCCCUGCGCAAGCUUUGGGAGAGCUACUACACGAGCUGCCAUGCGAUAGUCUUUAUAAUCGACAGCACAGAUAUCGGCGACGGAAACAUCGAGCACGACGAAAACCUAGGCAGGUUGGAGGAGUGCCGUCUCGUUCUGGAAGACGUUCUACAACACACCGAGACCGAGGGCGUACCACUUCUCAUCUUGGCAAACAAGCAAGAUCGCGAGGACUGUGUCGAGACAAUACGAAUCAAGGAAGGCUUGGUCAAGAAGGUCAUGGAGGGAGACAAGGGCUCUGCCGUUCGCGAUUCACGUGUGCUGGCUCUGAGCGCUCUGACAGGCGAUGGAGUCCGAGAAGCUAUCGAAUGGGUGAGGACACGAGUGCAAUGGAACAAGGAGUCUCGGCCGCCUGUUAUGCGGUAG